AUGGCUGAAGGAAUUAAAAUUGAUCCAGCUAUUGAACGCUGGGCACAUAUGCGUGAAAAUACACACUUAUAUUUCAAAUGGAAUAAGAGAACAACACGCAGAUCUUUAUUAUGGGGUGUUGCUGUACCCGUCGCUUUAACAGCAUUAGCCUACUCGACUGAUCGCAAAUGGAAUUUUACUGUGGCUCAAACUGCUGAAGACCUCACACCUUCAAAGAAAUAG